AUGUCUAAACAACAGCGAAGCCGUGAAGGUGAACAACGGGACAGUGAAAAAAGCAGUAAAGAACGUGGACAGUCUAAAAUGUCUCGCAGCGCGGGAAGAGUGGUGAGACCGUUGUCUGAAGUUUUAUUCUUUGAUUCUUUUAAAUCGAAAGAACGAGCAAUAAAUGCCCAACUAACAGCUUCAACUGGUCCAAUAUCAUUGAAGGAUGCAAUAACAGAUUGCUCGUUACGAUUUCAGCAUACUACUGGACGAAGUGGAAAUGAUAAUUCGUCUCGAAGUCACUCGUAUCGCAAAUCUAGACGACGAUUGGAAAUUUCAUCACGAGCUGAUCCGCCAUCUUCACACUCUCAGCGAACCCGAAAGUCACAAAAUUUUGGUAAAUCAGCUUCUGGACAAUUAUCACGUGAGAUAAUGGUAUCAUCACAGAGAAGCCAAUUAUUGGAUGGAAAUUUGCAUGAUCGUCGUUUUUCUCGACGAACUCAGGAAGGUGAUCAUAAUUUUUACCAUCAAAGGCCACUAUUAACUCGCUCAGUGGAUGAAUUACCGCAGGAAGGAGGAACUUAUGUAUCAUUAGCAAGGCAUCAUACGUUAACGGAACGUGGAAAGGUGGAUGAUUCAACCAGAUCGAUAUACCCUAAUAUUAUACCAGCUUUAUUUGGACGACCUCCUCCUCCUCCGAAUAUUCGUGAUUUGCCUCGUGCAGUUUUUCCAUUGCCUGGAUUUGGUCCAGGAUUUGGAGGGAUACCACCCGGUUUCUAUCUUCCACCUCAAGCAGCAUCUGGAGCUGGUGCACCACCUGGAUUCUAUUUACCUCUUCAAGCAGUACCAGGAACUGGUAUGCCAUCAGGAUUCAUGCCACAUGGAUUCUAUCCACCUCCUGGCUUUGGUGCAGUACCCAGAUUCUAUCCACCACCUCUGCUUACGGCUGGAAGUGGUGCACCACUUCCAUUACCUCAGACACCACUUGGAAUUGGUACAUCAUUAGGAUCUCUUCCACGACCUCAGUCUAUACUGGGAACCGGUGCACCAUUCGCUUUUAAUCCACCAUCUCAGACUGUACUUGGAUCUGGUACACCACCCAGAUUUCAUCCACUAUCUCAGCCAACAUUCGGAACUUUUCCAAUGUUGCCCACUUCUCAACAAGGUUUGAGUCGUGAAAAAUCGGAUCAAAUACCGGUAGCGCCUCGAUCAACUAUCCCUCCACCUCAGCCAGCAAUUAGUAACGAAAUUUUCGGUUCCAUGCCAAGUGCUUCAACCUCUACCGCUACUACUGCUAUUCCACCAACAUUGCCAACUGGAUCACCACCCCAGCAAAAAAUAGUCCAACCCCGGUGGUUUGAAUCAGACUAUGGACGAGACGGAAUCUCUUCGCGUUCUGAUCAUUAUACAACAGCUACCAAUAUACCAUCCAUUGAAUCUUUCGAAUUUACUCCACAAUUUACUCUUCCUAUUGUACGAUUAUUUGGUGGUUUAUUUGUUCAUAACUGCGAAGAGUCGCAUUAUGUGACAACUGAUCCAAUGCCUCUUGUAAUAUGA